AUGGCAGGUGCAGCCGGUGGGGGGGAGCGAGUCCUUGACGAAGAUGGAGAGAUGGCCCUAACCGACGUCGAUGCGGUCGGAAGAGAUAACGCUUCAAACCUUUCCGGAGAACUCCACCCUGAGGAAGCGGGACCGGACCACGGUGCAGUGGAAGAGGCUGUCCUGACCAGCGUCGAUGCACUUGGAACGGGUGUCGGCUCAAAUCUUUCUGGAGAGCCCCACCUUGGGCACACAUCCUCCGGUGGCCCUGAUGAGCAACGAGAGCCAGUCGCCCUCGAACUGACGGGCUCGGGUAUCGACGACACAGGUAAGGGUGCGGUCGACUGGCCAGAGGAGGCAUGCUGGCCCAGCGGAGGGCUCGAUGGCGACCAAUGCAGAUACGGCGAGGUAGACCGCUUCGAUGGGCCAAUCUCGUUCACAUUCGACGAAGCCGAUGACUCGGCCCAGUUUGGCGCAUUCACGGGCUUCCAUUUCGAAGUCGAGGCAGUCACUGUUCCGGGUUCUGUCGGUAGAGGUGGUCGUGGCGGGGGCAACGAUGGCGGAAGCGGAGCUUCCGCUGUACCCUGGUUCGCUGUUGUAGGGGCAUUCCCGGCUUUUUGCUUUUUCCUCUUGCGCCUCGCGGAUUUAGUGGUUGCCGUCGACGAGUUCGACGGAUUGGGAGUAGUUGACGUUGCGCCCGUUGCGCGCGAGGCGGACCACUUACCGUCCACAACGAUCGUCUUCUUUGCAAUGUUUGCCGAUAAAGCUUUAGGCCCGCUGGGAGGAGGUUUUUCUGCCUUUACGAAGUUGGGCGUCGAUGGUCGAAUACCAAGAGGGUUCUGCAAAGGAUCUGAAUUCACCGAUCUGUUAAAAUGUCUCGGGCCUGUAGGGAUGGGCUUGCUCUGCAGAGUUGUCUUGCUCGAAGAUGCUACAGCGUUGACACGGGGAGAUGGAGGUGCAGGAGAGGGUUUGUCUGUCGUUGGCCCCGCGCUUGGCAACGCGGUGGGCUGA